GGAGCAGCUGCUGCUGACAGACGACUUAGAGCGGCAGGAGGAGGAGGGCUUCUCGUGCAGCAGCAGCAGCAGCAGCUCAACCAUCGCUCUUCUUCCAAGGGACGCGUCUUCCACGACGACAUGACGGAGUCCCUGGUGGUGUGCGAGGUUGACCAAGGCUUGAAAGACAAGUUGAAGAAAUUUCGUUUCCGCAAAGAGACCACCAAUGCGGCCAUCAUAAUGAAGAUUGACAAGGACCGCCAAGUGGUGGUGAUGGAGGAAGAGUACGAGGACAUAUCACCGGAGGACCUCAAGGAAGAGUUGCCAGAAAGGCAGCCCAGAUUCAUCCUGUACAGCUACAAAUACCACCACACGGAUGGACGGAUAUCCUACCCACUGUGUUUCAUUUUCUGCAGUCCCCUGGGCUGCAAGCCCGAGCAGCAGAUGAUGUACGCUGGCAGCAAGAACACGCUGGUGCACACAGCGGAGCUCACCAAGGUGUUUGAGAUCCGCAGUGUGGAGGAGCUCACAGAAGAGUGGCUUCAAGACAAACUCAAGUUUUUCCGCUAAAACACGGAUGAGGUACUAUGAUGAGGGUUGCCACCUGUCCUUGUUUUCCCAGGAUUUUUAACGUAGUUGUCCUGUGAAAUCUCGAAGUGUUCCUGGAACAUUAAAAGUCCCAGUUAUUAUCAAUUGAAUAAUAAUAAUACACCGCUCAAGAUAAGGCAUUGACAUCUAGUUCUCUCUUCUGGCAUAAUGAUAUAUUCUUCUUCCUCUCAUGAUAUGCCCUUGGUUUUUCAUAGCUCAGAGGUGGCGGCCAUAACUAACAACCCAUGUGGGAUCAAGAGUGGUACAAUGAGAAAUCCCUCAGUAUACCCUUCCAGUUUUGGCCUAUUAAAAAAAAGGCCCAUUGUUUUUUUUAAUAUAUAAAACCCUUUCAAUGUCUACAACACGUGCUUAUUUAUAAACAGUUUUCAAUAAGAACGUGAUUGCUUUGAUAACCACAUCCUCGGAAAGUAGGUUCCUGGUAGUGUUUUAAACAUUUUGAUUCAGGGUAAAUGGACGUGAUUGUCACCUUUUCAGAAAAUAUAGCAGUGCAAUGGAGGCUGUAUAUUAAAUGCACUUCCGACUGACAUGAUUUAAGAAAUGCCUGUUUACUUCAUGGUAUGUACACAGAUACAUUUUUACAAAAUUUCGUGAUAAAUGGAGAUACUUAGACGUUUGUUUUACAGUUAAUGAAAGGUGACAUCAGGAAACACCAUGGGAGCUAACAUAGCCUAUAGCCAUACACGUUAACGGUAGCAUAAGCGGUAUUUUAUGCAAACAUGACAGUCGUAUGCCAAUGUAGUACACGUUUUAUCGCUAUGCAUGAGUAAACCUUUUAAAGUGCAGUUGUGAAUGUUUGGUAAAUGCAAUACAGCAUGGUAUUUUUUUUUACCAACAUGUUUUCUACCUCAAAUGAUAAGCCAACAUUCUCAAAUUCAGCCUUACUUGACACACUCGUCUCGUACCAAUGGCUUUCAGAAGCAAGUCCUCCAGUCGACCAGCAUUGUAAUGAAAACAUUGCAAUGAGAGAUCAAUGUGAGAGCUUUUGAUAGAUUUUUCGAAAUGUACGAAAUGAGGAAGAGAUUUGGAAGUAUUUUUAAGUGAUACUUUUACUGAGCAGUAUCCCUGCCGGUUAUACAAGAGCGUUUGUUUUCCUUACAUGACAGGGAAAAUGUCUGCCAUAUAUUAAAUACAAUAUUGUCAAAGAUUUUUUUUUUAAGUUGAAAAGCUAUAAUAAUGCUUUAUAUUCUCUCUUGUAACACUCUUGGGAAAUAGGGUUUAAAGUUUUGUUCUGUAUUACAAUACAAAGCACUGUUUUACUGCUUUGUAUUGUAUUUCUGAAAAUGAUAUUGUUAGUUUAUUAUUUAUUUUUUGAUGCUGUGCUUUGGUAUGUUUCGAAAGGACUUUUACAUUUUUUGACAUCAAUUGUGUUUUUAAAAUAGAUCUAAAGUGUUGUUCUGUAUUACUGUUAUGCAAUACAGUACAACAUUACAUUACUUUCAUAAUUUGUUUACGGUACUUACCAUUCAAAGGUGUCUAAACAUUUCCCCACAAUAUAUGUCAUGCACUGUUACAAUGCUGUGUCUGCGAGCUUCAUGUAAUAAGUGUAAUUUCUGCACAAUUUUCGGAUUUAAAAAAUUAUAUUGUAUAGCAUGCCAAAAUUUGGCGAACUUAAAUGAAUAAUUUCUAAGACUUGCAUUGUAAAAAGCAGCUAGGCAGUGUGUGGUGUCAACUUUUACAUAAACCACUGCCCAGCAGCAGAAAAUAAAGUAAUUUUACUUAUCAGGGACACCAUUCCUUUGUGACAAUUUACCCACCGAUUUGUGAUCAGUCCUCAUGUCUUCUAAAUGGUUAUUUUGCCAGGAGUGUCAUGACUGCAUGUGUGAAAGACCUUUGCCCAUGCUAAAAUGCUAUUUUGUACACCCAUUGGAAGGAUUCUGGCCUUAAGGUUGAGCUCAAUAAUGGGUUUGUGAAACCUAUAAAAAAUAAUACAUUGGAAUAGGAUGGUGACUACCAUUGAUAAUAUCAGCUGUGGCCAUGCACAUAUCGCAUAGCAUAAUGGUGAUGCCACCUCCAGGCCAUUGCACUUUUAAUUUUGAAAUGCAGUUGUCAAAGAAGGGUAUAGCGAUAUACGAGAUGAAUGUUAUUGAUGUGUACAGUGUUGCUGUUAAUUAUCACUUGCCAUUGUUAAACUUACUGGGAAAUGUUUCGAUAUGACAAGUUUGGUCAGGUCGUUAAAUUAAUACUGCAGGGAACAAGUCCGUGGUUGCUAAAUGUAAAGUGUUUUAUAGGCGAAGUGGAGGGUAUUAACUCAAUGUGUGUAUGACCCUUUUUUCUGCUGUUGCUGCUGUUGAAAAUACAUUUUUUUGUACUUAUGCUUAAAACCUGAUUAAUUUUUAACAAGGCCCCUAGCAAAAUUAUUUACUGCAUUAAGCAGUUAAUCAUACUUUUGACGUUUUGUUUAGUUUACACAUGCAUAUGUCCUUAAAGUUUAAUUGAAUUCUCAUCUCAUUUGUUUUCAUCUUAUACAAUUACUUGUAAGGGUCAUGAUCCUGAAAUAUUUCCUUAUUUUUUAAAGAACGUUUUAAAAUAAUUGUUUUUUUUUAAAGGGCAUAGCUUACAUAAAAAUGUACAAUAUAUAAUAAUUAAGUGGUUACCGUUUUAGUGUGCUUUUACAAAAAAUGUCUAAAGCAUGAUUACACAAAUACAUUGCUUAAAGGGUGAUAUCGUGUUUGUGCUUUAUUGCGCUGAUGGAUGAGAAGGCACUGUUUCCCAUGUUUAUAGUGGGUGUGCAGUCGAUGCUUUUCUCAGCCAGGUGUGGUUAAUCGGGUUAAACUAAAUUCAAGCGCGCGCAACAUUCUCGUUAUUAGCAGGAUCAGUCAUUCAUUAUAAGAAAACAAGAAAACACGUAGCAGACUGUGCUCAAUGAAGGACAUAAGUAGGACUAGAUUCCCAAGACUCCAGUGCCCUCGUGUGAAGAGCUGAUAUAUACUCAAUGCUGGGGUUGACUAUCAAAUGUGACAUUUAUUUACAAGUUGUUUACUUUGCCUUGGAGGUAAGCACUGUUUUACUGCUUUGUAUUGUAUUUCUGAUCAUUAUAUUAUUAUUGGUUAUUUUUUGAAUUGUGUGGUAUGUUUUAAAAAGACAUGUUAAAAUUUUUACAUCAUAUUCCUCCACAUUGUGUGAUAAAAACCUGUCAAAAUUACGAGCAAUAAAACAGUUUUGUCUUUCGAGA